CGGUCUCUGGCAAAUGCUGGCUGGUUUGUGUUCGGCGGUGAGGCUGCGAACUCACAACACACCUCCGUCAUCUGUGCUUCGUCGUAUGUAUGCGUUUUUAGAAGCAGCAGCUAAAAGCAACGUUUAGCUCGCUAGCCGUUUGAUCGAACCGACCGACCGACGACCGCCCGUGUCCGACCAACCCCUGCAGGCCGCCGAAAUGGCAGAAACCAUGAAUGGAGGCUACGGCGACGGCUACAUGGAGCCCGAGGAAGAGUGGGAACGCGAGGGCCUGCUCGACCCCGCCUGGGAGAAGCAGCAGAAGAAGACGUUCACCGCCUGGUGCAACUCGCACCUCCGCAAGGCAGGCACCGGAAUUGAGUCGAUCGAAGAUGACUUCCGCAACGGCCUCAAGCUCAUGCUGCUUCUCGAGGUCAUCUCUGGGGAGACCCUGCAGAAGCCCGACCGCGGCAAGAUGCGCUUCCACAAGAUCGCUAACGUUAACAAAGCGCUCGACUUCAUCGCCAGCAAGGGAGUCAAACUGGUCUCCAUCGGUGCUGAGGAAAUCGUCGACGGAAACCUCAAGAUGACUCUUGGCAUGAUCUGGACCAUCAUCUUGCGUUUCGCCAUCCAGGACAUCUCUGUGGAGGAAAUGACCGCCAAGGAAGGUCUCCUGCUCUGGUGCCAGAGGAAAACCGCUCCUUACAAGAACGUUAACGUGCAGAACUUCCAUCUCAGUUUCAAGGACGGUCUCGCAUUCUGCGCCCUCAUCCACCGUCACCGACCAGAUCUUAUCGACUAUCACAAGCUGUCCAAGGAUAAUCCGCUCGAGAACUUGAACACAGCCUUCGAUGUUGCUGAGAAGUAUCUGGAUAUUCCACGCAUGUUGGACCCUGACGAUCUGAUCAACACGCCCAAGCCUGACGAGCGCGCCAUUAUGACCUACGUUUCUUGCUACUAUCAUGCUUUCCAGGGUGCUCAGCAGGUACUUGAUAUGGUUAACACUGCAAUGCCCGACGAAAGAGCCAUCAUGACCUAUGUUUCGUCAUACUACCACACAUUCUGUGGAGCCAAAAAGGCCGAGACCGCUGCAAACCGCAUUUGCAAGGUUCUCAAGGUAAACCAGGAGAAUGAGCGCCUCAUGGAGGAAUACGAACGCCUUGCUAGCGAUCUGCUGGAGUGGAUCCGCCGCACCAUGCCAUGGCUGCAGAGCCGCCAAACCGACAACAACCUGGCUGGAGUGCAGAAGAAACUGGAAGAGUACCGCACCUACAGGCGCAAGCACAAGCCCCCUCGCGUCGAGCAGAAGGCAAAGCUGGAAACCAACUUCAACACCCUGCAGACCAAGCUGCGUCUGUCCAACCGCCCCGCUUACAUGCCAACUGAAGGCAAGAUGGUUUCGGACAUUGCCAACGCCUGGAAGAACCUGGAACUGAACGAGAAGGCCUUUGAGGACUGGCUUCUUUCUGAGAUGAUGCGUCUCGAGCGUCUUGAGCACUUGGCCCAGAAGUUCAAGCACAAGGCUGAUAUCCACGAGGACUGGACCAAGGGCAAGGAGGAGAUGCUGCAGAGCGGUGACUUCAGGCACUGCAAGCUCAACGACCUCAAGGCACUCAAGAGGAAGCACGAGGCCUUUGAGAGUGACCUGGCCGCCCACCAGGACCGCGUCGAACAAAUCGCUGCCAUCGCUCAGGAACUCAAUACACUGGAGUACCACGACAGCGCCUCAGUUAACGCGCGCUGCCAGAGAAUCUGCGACCAAUGGGACCGUCUUGGCAACCUCACCCAGCGUCGCCGCCAGGCUCUGGAUGAGACCGAGCAGAUCCUGGAGAAGAUCGACACUUUGCACCUGGAGUUUGCCAAGCGGGCUGCUCCCUUCAACAACUGGCUGGACGGCACCCGGGAGGACUUGGUCGACAUGUUCAUCGUGCACACCAUGGAUGAAAUCCAGGGGCUGCUGGACGCGCACGGUCAGUUCAAGGCCACCCUCGGAGAGGCCGACAAGGAGCACAACUCGAUCAUCGGCCUAGUGCAGGAAGUCACCAGCCUGACCUCCAAGUACCAGAUCCCAGGAGGUGUUGAGAACCCGUACACCACCCUAACUGCCCAGGAACUCACCCGCAAGUGGACUGAGGUGAGACAGCUUGUACCCCAGCGUGAUGGCACCCUCCAGGCUGAACUUCGUAAACAGCAGAACAAUGAGAUGCUGCGUCGCCAGUUUGCCGAGAAGGCUAACGUUGUUGGUCCUUGGAUCGAGCGCCAGAUGGACGCCGUCACCGCCAUCGGAAUGGGCAUCCAGGGCUCCCUUGAGGAUCAGCUUCUGCGCCUCAGGGAGUACGAACAGGCCGUCUUCGCCUACAAACCCAACAUUGAGGAGCUUGAGAAGAUUCACCAGGCAGUGCAAGAGAGCAUGAUCUUUGAAAAUAGAUACACUCAGUUCACCAUGGACUCGUUGCGAGUUGGCUGGGAACAGCUGCUCACCUCCAUCAACCGCAAUGUCAACGAGGUUGAGAACCAGAUUCUCACCAGAGAUUCCAAGGGCAUCACUCAGGAACAACUCAACGAGUUCCGUGGCAGCUUUAACCACUUUGAUAAGAACAGGACUGGCCGCUUGGCUCCUGACGAGUUCAAAUCUUGCCUGGUCAGCUUGGGCUACAGCAUUGGAAAGGACAGACAGGGCGAAAUUGACUUCCAGCGUAUCUUGGCUACAGUCGAUCCCAAUUCAACUGGCUACGUUCACUUUGACGCCUUCCUCGACUUCAUGACCCGCGAGUCCACUGAUGUUGACACUGCCGAACAGGUCAUCGACUCCUUCAGAAUCUUGGCUGCUGACAAGCCAUUCAUCAUGCCAGAGGAGCUGAGGAGAGAACUGCCACCCGACCAGGCUGAGUACUGCAUCCAGCGCAUGCCGCCGUUCAAGGGACCCAAUGCUGUUCCCGGGGCCCUUGACUAUAUGUCCUUCUCUACAGCCCUUUAUGGAGAGUCUGAUCUCUAAAACUUUUAACAUGCUAGAGUGCGUUUUGUUGUAUUGUGGAAAAAAUAUCGCCAUCAUGGUUGGCAAAAGAAACGAACAGAAACCAACCAUACGCAGAAAAAGAAACAACUUUUGUUGCCAUAUAUCAGCUCUCAGAAAAAUAACAUAUUCAGCAUAAAAUCAACAACACAAAGAUAAGAAACUUUUAUCCAAUACUAUAUUUACAUCAUACAUAGUAUUUGCUAAUUUUGGUCCUAAUACUCGAGGGAUUUUGACAUCUUUCCGACACAAACGUGUUGUCUGUAAAAAUUUGUGGACAUAAUAAAAAUCUCACGUGAGGUCUGUA